AUGACUUCUCCUGUUCAUGCAGCCCAGGAGGAGCUUGGUUCUUGUUGGUCAGCAGCUGCCCACCAAGACCCCCAGAGCCGUUCUAAGGGGAGUGGCUCCCUGAGCAUGGGGUGCAUAGCCUAUGCUGUUGCAGGGCUGAGGAUGAGGACAAGAGUGUGUGCAGAAGCUUACAAUCCUGAUGAGGAAGAGGACGACACAGAAUCUAGGAUUAUUCACCCUAAAACAGAUGAUCAAAGAAACAGACUGCAGGAGGCAUGCAAGGACAUUCUUCUUUUUAAGAACCUAGAUCCGGAACAGAUGUCUCAGGUGUUGGAUGCGAUGUUUGAAAAGCUGGUUGAAGGAGGGGAACAUGUCAUUGAUCAAGGGGAUGAUGGUGACAACUUCUACGUCAUUGAUAGAGGUACAUAUGAUAUUUAUGUAAAAUGUGACGGCGUUGGGAGGUGUGUUGGAACCUAUGAUAACCGAGGAAGCUUUGGUGAGUUGGCCUUAAUGUACAAUACACCCAGAGCAGCUACAAUAAUAGCUACCUCUCCUGGUGCCAUCUGGGGUUUGGACAGGGUAACGUUCCGAAGAAUCAUCGUAAAAAAUAAUGCCAAAAAGAGAAGAAUGUAUGAAAAUUUUAUUGAGUCACUGCCAUUCCUUAAAUCUUUAGAAGUAUCUGAGCGCUUAAAAGUGGUUGAUGUGAUUGGCACCAAAGUGUACAAAGAUGGAGAACAAAUCAUUGCUCAGGGUGACUUGGCUGAUUCUUUCUUCAUUGUGGAAUCUGGAGAAGUAAGGAUUAUAAUGACAAGGAAGGGUAAACAAGAUGUAGAAGAGAAUGGAGCAGUUGAAAUAGCUCGAUGCUCAAGAGGACAGUAUUUUGGAGAACUUGCUCUUGUAACUAACAAACCACGAGCCGCUUCUGCAUUUGCUCUUGGCACUGUCAAAUGCUUAGUUAUGGAUGUGCAGGCAUUUGAAAGGCUUUUGGGACCUUGUAUGGAAAUUCUGAAAAGAAACAUUGCAAACUAUGAGGAGCAGCUAGUUGCUCUGUUUGGAACAAACAUGGACAUUGCCGAUCCCAGUGCAUGAACUAAACGUUGGAGCAACAAGAUCUGUUAUGAGAAUAUAGCACAGUACUGGUUAGUCCACUGAGAAAUUGUCUUUCUUCCUAUAGAUGCCACGCAUUUUCUGUGAUUUUAAGAGUGGGUGUGGGGUAUUUU